UUGUUCAUCCUUGUUUUGCUCGUGCUGGCCAAUGAGAACUGAGGUUGGUUAUGAUCGCUGUAAUACACUAGAGCUCCCGAGUGGCGGAAUGUAUUGAUGUAUCGUCUGCUGGGAGGCAGUGAGCAACAAUGAGAGUACCGUAGAGGGGGCUUCUCCUCGAGGUGCAGGUAAUAAAUUGAUCAGCUAAUUGUGGUGAGGUGAGAGGACACGGGUGUGACCAUGGCCUCUAAACCUCAGCUGGUACUGCUGGGAUACGUGGAUGAGCAGAUCUCCUCCAGGAAUCAGCAAAUGGCCAGCUUCUCUGUCAGCAAAAUUGGCGGAACACCAGAUUGGUGCGUAAGUGGUGGUGAAAUUCCAAUGUGUAAACGUUGUGGCAGAAGGCAAUCCUUAGUUGUUCAAGUCUAUUCACCUUUGGAAGGGUCUUUAUAUCACCGAACACUUUACGUAUUUGCUUGUGUGACUCAGGAAUGUUGGAAUCGCUCAAACAGUUGGACUUGUUUACGAAGCCAAAUUCUAGAUCCUGCAGCUGCGAGAACUACCUCCCCUUCCUCUAAAUCUCCUCCAUCUGUGUCAUCCUUUGGUGGUGAAAGUUGGUUCCAAGAUGAACAUGACUGGGGAGGUAAUGACAAUGAUGGUAAUGGCAAUGCUGAUAACUUCAACUUGGCAUCAUCGUCGCAGCUGUACCUGGACAACAUGGCCAAGACAGGAGGGGGAAGGAGUAACCUUAACAAUAUAAACUCAAACACGGCUUCCAUCACUGAAGUUGCACAAAAGAUGGAGAGCAAGCUAAAUAUCAUUGAGGAUGAUCCCAAUGCCAAUGAAGCAGUAUGUGGUGCUGUAGGUAUUGUUGGCUGUGAGGGGGAAGGCGUAGAGGCCACUGCCGUCAUUGAAGGUUCGGAAGGCGACAUGAUUGCUGUCGAUACUCCAGAACAACCAACGACAGACAUUCCUGCUUUAUUCCAGGAAGCAGCCCAAAUUGAUGCCAAUGCAGAGGUCACUUUCCUUCCGUUCUUCAUGGUAAGCGAUGUAGAACCCCCGGAAGAUGUUGCCUUCUCUGAUCACGAAAGGGAAUUAUUAUUGCGUUAUACUCACACAACUGGGCAUGACUUCAGAGAGGAGGAAAUUGCUGCGGGAGCUGAUGGAAAGGGGGAUGGAGUGUAUGAGAAAGAUAUUGCCAUUCAUGGAGAUGUUCUGCUUCACAAGUUCAAAAAGAGAAUUUCUCGUAGUCCACAGCAGGUACUCAGGUAUUGUCGUGAAGAAGGCUCAUCACCGCUCUGGUUACACCCUCCCGGUCAGAGCGAGGUGGCUACUAAAUGUCAGUUCUGUGGAGGGAGUAUGGUGUUUGAGAUGCAGAUCACCCCUCAGCUGGUUCUUCAUCUCCGAGUAGCAGGGGUCCAGGGUACACCUCUUGAGUUUGGGACUGUCACUGUAUUCACAUGUGCUGCUUCAUGCUGGAAUGAAAAAGACAUUAUAAAGCAAGAAGCAGUAGUUGUCCAAUGUGAAGUGAUUUAAAAAGUUAUUCUCUGACUUUUAAAGUGUCGAGAGCCUCGGUGUGUGUAUUUACCAAUGAUACUUUUCAUAGGUGAAUAAGUUGUACUAAACAUAAAUAAUAAUCUUAAAUUAGAUUUCAGUAUUUUUUCACCAUCAGAUUUGCAAUGGUUUAUUCAUUGUAACUAAUUUCAUUUAAAGAAACUAAGCAGCUUUAAACUCCAGGAACCCUAGCUGUAACAAUUGAACAAGUUUAAGAUUGCCAAUGAAAGAGAGAUCAGAGGUAGAUGAUGAGCUCGAGAGUAUAUUGGGUGUGUGUUUACCUCAAUUUGUAAAAUGUAAAGUUGUGCACGCCUCGGACAAAUUUGCUUUUGGGGGUGUCACAAGAUGAACUGUUAUAAUAAAACACUUUUCUUCACAUUUGUCUAGUUGAAGUGCUUGCCUUCAGCUUUAUUUAUAUAUAUAUAUAUAUAUAUAUAUAUAUAUAUAUAUAAUAUAAAAUAUGUAUUAAAGUUUUUCAUUUUUAUUUCUUGUUGAUGAAGGUGACUCGUCAUUGAGAAAUCUGGCCAGAUACAAAUGUUGUUAUCCAGGUUACAAGUGUGCAAUACAGAUAACUUCACCAUAUCAUUACAAACUCAGAGAAUUUCUUGCUAAUGAGUUGUAAUACAGAGAUCUACACAAGUCCCGUCUUAUCUAGAUCUGCAAAAAAAAAAAAAGGUAAAAAAAAAAAAAAAAGAGAAGUGCAAUAGAAAUGUGAUAAUUGUUGAUCUCACUGUGCAUUACCAUUUGCAGCUUUUAUUUAAUGUAUGGAGUAUUUUAGCUUUCAGCUUACUUGCCUGUGGUAUUUUGAUGGCAUUACGGACUAGAAUAUU